ACAUGUAAAAUAGAACAUAUUUGUUUUAUAUAUAAAAAUAGAAGAUAGAGGCGUUGUUCAUGAUUAUUAACUACUUGUAACCAAGCUCUGAAACUCUCUCUACUGUAACUUCUUCACUACUAGCUCAAACUUCAAUCGGAUUGAACCAAGUUUCCUAGCCAUGGCUGAGUUGAUCCUCUCUCCAAUUGUUGACAAAAUCAUUGGGCGUUUGGGAUCUGAUGCUGUGAAACAGAUCUCUCUGGUUUGGGGUGUCAACGAUGAGCUCCAACAGCUCAAUGAAACCAUUUCAACUAUCAAAGCAGUGCUUCUCGAUGCCGAGAAGAAGCAGUCACACAACAACCAAGUCAACAACUGGCUCCACAGGCUGGGCAAUGCAGUUCUUGAAGCCGACGACUUGAUGGACGAGGUCAACACUGAAGCUCUACGACGCCAACUCAGGAUGUCUCGAAACCCAAUGGCCAACCAGGUAUGCACUUUCUUUUCCGGAUCCAACCAACUUGCUUUUCGGUUCAAGAUGAGUCGUAGAAUCGAAGGCAUCAAGAAAAAACUGGCUGCCAUUUCCAUUGAUAAAAAUUUACUUUUAGAGAACGGACGUGAAGAGACUCCGAGUGUUAGGAGAGCAAGAGAUACUUGCUCGCGUUUGCCUCAUCAAGGUGUUAUUGGGAGGGAAGAGGAUAAAUCGGUUAUCAUAAAUAAGUUUUUGUUGGAGAGUUGUGAAGAGAGUGCGUCAGUGAUCGCCAUUGUAGGAAUAGGUGGGUUAGGAAAAACCACUCUUGCUCAAAGCGUUUUUAAUGAUGAGCAAGUUCAAAAACAUUUUGAGACAAAGAUUUGGGUGUGUGUGUCUGAUGAUUUUGACUUGAAACUAAUUAUUAAAAGUAUCAUUGAGUCUGCAAAAGGUGAUAGUAGUUUGGGAGACAAGAGAAUGGAACCAUUGCAAAAGAAGCUUCAAGAAGUACUUGGUAGUAAGCGGUUUCUUCUUGUACUAGAUGAUAUAUGGGAGGACAACCGUGAUAAUCUGUUGAAGUUGAAAGAUUUUAUAAUAAGUGAUGCAAAUGUUGGGAGUAGAGUUGUAGUAACUACUCGCUUUGAACGCAGUGCUCAACUUAUAGCUACCAAACAACAACCCUAUCGAUUGGGGGUUCUUGAUGAAGUUCAGUCUUGGUCUCUAUUUAAGUCAAUGGCUUUUGAAGAUGGAUCACAUGAGCUAGAAAAUUCCAGCAUUGUGAAGAUUGGAAAGGAGAUUGUGAAAAGGUGCAAAGGAAUCCCCCUAGCCAUAAAAACAAUAGGAAAUCUAUUGUAUGGUAAAAGUAAGGAAUCAGAGUGGUCUUCCUUUAAUAAGGAAUUUUCAAAAAUAUCAGAACAACAAGAGGAUGGUAUCUUACCCACCCUUAGAUUGAGCUAUGAUCAUCUUGCCUCCCAUUUGAAACUUUGUUUUGCCUAUUGUAGUUUAUUUCCUAAAGACUACAAUAUUGAGGUAAAAACUUUAGUUAACCUUUGGAUGGCGCAAGGAUUUCUUCAGCUAUCAAGUCAAGAUCAAUGUUUGGAGGAUGUGGGUUACGACUGGUUUAUUAAUUUGUUGGAAGGAUCAUUCUUUCAAGAUGUUGAAGUAGAUGAAUGUGGCAUUAUAAAAAGAUGCAAAAUGCAUGAUCUGAUGCAUGAUCUUGCAGUUCAAGUAGCAGGAGCAGAAUGUGCUACUUUUGUAAUUUCAAAUGGCCAAGCAAAUAUCAAGGAAACUACUCAUCAUGUGUCCUUUGUAAGUCAUACCUACUCAAAAAGUAAAAUUUCAGUUUCGUUGGCUCAUGCCAAAAGGAUUCGAACAAUCCUUCAUUUUUCUGUUUCAGAGGACCAGACAUUUUGCGAUGCAAUUAUAUCAAACUGUAAGUUCAUACGUUGUUUGGAUUUGAAUGAUUCAUGGAUGAAGUUAGUAGCAAAUUCUAUUGGGAAGUUGAAACACUUGAGAUAUUUAGAUCUCUCAGCGAAUUUUGGACUCAAGUUACUUCCCAGUUCAAUUACUAAUUUGCUGAAUUUGCAAACACUGAAACUCAAUUAUUGCUCACAACUCCAAGAACUACCUAGAGAUAUUGAGAAACUCAUCAAUCUUGGGCAUCUUGAACUUUCUUCAUGUGGCAAAUUAAAUUCUUUGCCAAGUGGACUAGGUCAGUUGAUGCAAUUGAGAUACUUGGAUCUUUCUCGGAAUGAUGGUCUAUUGUUACUACCGGAUUCAACUAAUUGUUUGUCGAAUUUGCAAACCCUGAAACUCAAUCGUUGCUCAGAGCUCCAAGAAUUGCCUAGAGAUAUUGAGAAACUCAUCAAUCUUAGGCACCUGGAAAUUUCUGGUUGUGAUAAAUUGGAGUAUGUGCCAUGUGGAUUGGGCCAGCUAAUUAAUCUUCAGACAUUAUCGAAGUACGUGCUGCUAAAGAGAGAGAAAUCUAUCCCAAAGCAUGAUGGUGAGCUAAAAGAAUUGAUGAGACUGAACAACUUGAGAGGGAAAUUGGAAGUUAUAAAUUUGAGGCAUGAGAAAGAUGUGGCAGCAGAGUAUGGGAGUGCAAAAUUAAAGGAUAAAAAAUAUCUUCGAUCUGUGACAUUAGAGUGGGAUUCUCAUGUUGAAAUUGAUGAGGCAGAGGCCAUUGUUGGUUAUGAAAUGUCAAUGGAAGGCCUUCAGCCACACGAAAAUCUUCUAGAACUGAGGUUAGAAAAUUAUGGGGGUGUCAAGCUCUCCACCUGGCUCUCAUCACUUACAAACUUGGUCAACUUAACUUUGAAGGAUUGCAACAAAUGUGAGUAUCUAGUUCCAUUGAAUCAACUCCAUUGUCUCAAGGUUUUGGCACUUUGGAGGUUGGAGUCUUUAGAGUACAUAUCCAACAAUAAUUGCAAUGAAGACUUAUCUGGGUCAACAAAAACAUUAUUGCCAUCUCUACAGAAACUUGGGUUGAUGGUGUUGCCUAAUCUAAAGGGAUGGUGGAGAGAGAUUGUAAUUAGUGGUGAAGAAGAAGAAAAACACAUGUCCUUGCCUUGUUUCUCUUCUCUUUCUGAAUUAUAUAUAAGUAAUUGUCCUAAACUGACUUGCAUGCCACGUUACCCACAUUUGGAACAGCUGACUCUGGAGAACAGCAGCUUGAAGCCAUUGGAAGAGACAUUAAGAAUGAAGAUGAGCAGUAGCGCUGCAUCUUCUUUCUCUCCUCUCUCCAAAUUGAAAAGACUACGUCUAGCUAAGAUUGAGGAUCUACAAUGUCUUCCAGACUGGUUCAAGAGCCUUACUUCUCUCAAUAAUUUGGAUUACUUGUGGAUUGAGAGUUGCCCUGAAUUGAAGGAUCUGUGUCCAGGUAUUCUACAUCUCUCGUCACUUCAAAACCCGUCGAUUGAAAAUUGCGAGGGGUUAGCAAACAUGCUUAAUGGUGAUGAUGCCAUUAUGUGGAAAGCCCUAAAUAAAAGACUCCACUCGCUGUCAUUAAUAGACUUGCCAAAUAUAGUGACUGUUCUUCCUAAGGGUAUCCAACAUCUUACAAGUCUGCAACGUCUUCAAGUUUGUUCCUCUCAAAGUCUGACAACAAUUCCAGAGUGGAUCCACAACCUUAAAUCGCUUAAGACACUUGACUUAAUCAACUGUCCCAAUCUGACAUCAAUCCCUGAAGGAAUUCGAAGCCUCACCACUUUGAACAAGCUCACUAUACGAGUCUGUCCCAUGUUAUUGAAGAGAUGCAAAAGGGAAAUAGGUGAAGAUUGGGAUAAGAUUUCUCAUAUACAACACUUGGACUUGUAUCCAAAUCCCAACAAAGAAGAAAAUGAGAAUGCAUCGGAAGAGGCGGGCGAGACAAAGGGAUGCAACCUCUUCUUGAACAAGUUUAGGGUAUGCAAUAUUAUGAAUACAACAAAUCAAGGAUAUAUAUAUGUGUAGAAUGCAUCGGAAGAGGAAACAGAAUUGGGCGAGACAAAGGGAUGCAACCUCUUCUUGAACAAGUUUAGGAUGGCAGAGAUAAAACAUGUAGAUGCAGUUUGGCCUGGUUGGGGUCAUGCAUCCGAGAACCCUGACCUACCAGAUGCUCUGGAUGCAAAAGGAAUUAUAUUUCUUGGGCCGCCCGCAACAUCUAUGGCAGCAUUAGGUGAUAAAACCGGUUCAUCAUUAAUUGCUCAAGCAGCGGAAGUGCCAACCCUUCCAUGGAGUGGUUCUCAUGUGAAAAUGCCUCCAGACAGUAACUUGGUUACAAUUCCAGAUGAAAUACAUAGAGAAGCAUGUGUUUAAUUCCAAAUUAUGAGCUUAUUAUUGGAUUGUUAAGAACUUCUUACUUUAGUAGUUAUUUUUUUUGGUUCUUGAAAGACUGAAGCAUAUUAGAAUCCCAUUUUGUGGCGAUAACAUGUUGGUAAUAUAGAGGAUUGGCUAUGGGUUCAAAUUACAUUAAUGUUUCACUUGGGACUGACCGGUCAUUGCUGCUACUCCUGAUUAUAAAAUCCAAGCAUGGAGUGAAGCAAGUUAUCAUUGUGAAUGUACAGUGUCUAGAAAUUUGUCCAUUAACUGAUUUUACUGAACAAAUGCGGAUAAGAAUAUAAGCUGACCUUGCUAUUGAAUUAAAAGUUUUGAGUCCUGCCAUGAUGAGUUUGUUUUGAAUUUUAAUAGAUAUUUCUGAGCUCGGUUUUGGUUAAAUAUGAUGAAAAAGACGAUUUAUAUAAGGUUAAUUUUAAGUGGGUUUUGUGGUGUACAACUACUAAUAACUUUGUCUGACUGAAUUUUAUAUUUAUUUUCUUUUGGGUUUUUGACUUUGAUGGAAUAUUGACAACAACCUUAAUUAGAUGUGUUUGACAAUGUUAGUUAUAGCUAUUAUACUUUAAAUUAUCGUGUUCUGUUGAUUCUCUGAUGUCAUUGGAAUAUACUCUACACAUAACAACUCUAUUUUCCACUUGGCACAAAGUGAGCCAUUGACAGUGUGUGAUUUUUUUUUUACCAUAAUUGUAGAGGAUUUAUUUUGGGACCUUUAUGAGUGCCAUUUUGGGUUUCUGUAUUGAAAAACAUAAUGUGUUAGUGAAUAAUUACGUUUAUUUAUUUUGGGUUUCCUUGUCCCCUUUCUUGUUCACGUUGGUGGUGGAUGUUUUGGGAAGAAUGAUUGAUAGGGCUAAGAGUAGUUUGGCUUUUAGAGGAUUUACAGUGGGAAGUGAUGGAGUUGAUGUUAGCCAUCUUCAGUUUGCAGACGACACGAUUUUCUUUGUUAAUGAUGAUGAGUCACUGGGGGUGCUCCUUGACAUCCUGAAGGUCUUUAGUGAGGUGUCUGGGCUAUCUAUUAAUUUGCAGAAGUGUCAAUUGUUAGGGAUCAAUUUGCCCGAGGAGGUAGUGGAUCUUCGUGCAAGUGAGAUAGUGUGUGAAGUGGGCCAAUGGCCUAUUCAGUACUUGGGACUUCCUUUGGGAGGCUCACCAAGAACCAAAGUGUUUUGGGAACCAGUGAUGUCAAAAUGCAUUAAGCGGCUGGAUGGAUGGAAGAGUGCUUUUCUGUCUCGCGGUGGAAGAUUGACUCUUAUUCAAUCAAUCCUGUCUUCCAUUCCGAUUUACUAUCUUUCCCUUUUUCGGAUUCCAAAGAAUGUGGCAAGGAGUAUAGAGAAAGUUAUGAGAGAUUUUCUGUGGGAGGGAGCAGAUCAAUCGGGGGUCGAUCAUUUGGUUUCUUGGCAAGAAGUCUGUAAGUCUCGAAGUCAUGGAGGGCUGGGUAUUGGGAAUAUUGAGAAACGGAACAAGGCCUUUCUUAUGAAAUGGUUGUGGCGCUUUCCUUUAGAAAGAAAGGCUUUAUGGUAUAAGGUGGUGAAGAGUAGGUAUGGAUUAGAUGAGGGUCAUUGGGAUACGGGAGGAGGAAGAAGAUUGUCGGUUCGUGGUCCGUGGAGGGAUAUUGCGGCAUUGUAUGAGGAGUACGGGAAAAUGGUUUGCUUUAAGGUGGGGAAGGGCGAUAGGAUUCGGUUUUGGGAGGAUGUUUGGCUUGGCGAAGAUACAUUGAAAUCUCGCUUCCCGGACUUAUUCUUGGUAUCCAUGGCAAAGAAUUGUGCGAUUAAAGAUUUGGCAGUCUUGGGCGGGGAAGCGAGAGGGGGGGCCUUAGGUUGGAAUUUGCGGUUCAGAAGGAACUUGUUUGAUUGGGAGGUGACUAAUUUCGUUCAAUUGAUGGAUAUGCUUCAGGUGGUGACUCUCCCAUCGAUUUUGGAGGACAGAAGGAAUUGGAAUCCCGAUACCAGUGGAGUUUUUAAUUGUAAGUCCGCCUUCCAUUCCUUGAGCUAUGCUCAUUUAGGCCUUGAGUUGGAUUGGGCAAAGUUUUUGUGGAGGAGUGUUGCUCCGUAUAAAGUUAAAUUGUUUGGUUGGUUGUUAUUCUUGGAUAAGGUGAGCGUUCACGAGAAUUUACAGAGGCGUAGACCUUUCCAUUAUCUUUCGCCGAAUUGGUGCGUCUGCUGUAAAAAUGAAGUAGAAUCAGUUCGUCAUCUUUUCUUAGAUUGUCUCCUUGCAAGGGAGGUGUGGGUAAAAGUACUGACAGAGUUCGGGGUCUCUUGGUGUAUGCCUUCUUCUUGUUCUCAACUGUUCCUGUGCCAUCUGGGGGGCGGGCGAAGGAUGGCUCGUUUGUGGCAGAGUACGGUUUUGGCGACUUAUUGGGCAAUUUGGCUGGAGAGGAAUAGUAGAAUCUUUGAAGAUGUCUGUUCUGUAGUGGACAGCCUUUGGGAUAAAAUCAAGUUCUGGGUGGCAACUUGGGUGUAUAGAACGACAGACUUUGACGGUUUGUCUUUUUUGGAUCUUUGUAGGGAGUGGAGUAGUUUAUGGGUGCAUUAGAGUUUGUUCAGUGUGAGUCCUUGGGUGUUGGUUUGUCAAUGUUUGUUUAUUUAUGUCGUUUGAGUUGUUUUUUAUUGUCACCACGGUAUUCCUCCGCCAUAAGUGAGGGUUCUCAGUUUAUUUGAGAAGAGGUCACUCUCUGACCUUUGUCUCUUUUUAAAAAAAAAAGAAUAAUUACGUUUAUUUAUUGAGAUAUUUAUGCUAAUAAUGAAUUUACCUAAAACAAACUAAUUCUG